CCCGCCGCUGCGCUUGGAGAGCGUCACGCCAGGGGGAGGGGCGAGGGCGGCCUCGCCAAUGACGGGCUGGAUUGCGUGAGGCGAAGGGUCGUGAUUGGACAUCGGCAGCGGGCGACCCUGGGCUCCGCUACCUGUUGCUAAGGCCGCUGUAGAUCGGCUCUGCUGCGUGCGAGGAAGGCUCGUCUCGCGAGAGCUCAGCUCCCUUCUUGGCCAGGGCAGCCGCAGCAGCAGGAGGACGGACAUGGACGCUCACGAGGACUACGUUUGGCCGCGGGCAACCUCCGAGCUCAUACUCCUCCCGGUCACGGGUCUGGAGUGCGUGGGGGAUCGGCUGUUGGCGGGUGAGGGGCCAGAUGUCCUGGUGUACAGCCUCGAUUUUGGUGGCCAUCUGCGGAUGAUGAAGCGUGUGCAGAACCUGCUUGGCCACUAUCUUAUCCAUGGGUUCCGGGUGCGACCAGAACCAAACGGAGACCUUGACUCGGAGGCUAUGGUGGCUGUGUUUGGGAGCAAGGGACUCCGAGUUGUGAAAGUUAGCUGGGGACAGGGCCGCUUCCGGGAGCUCUGGCGCUCUGGCCUAUGGAACAUGUCUGACUGGAUCUGGGAUGCACGUUGGCUUGAGGGGAACAUAGCCUUGGCCCUGGGCCAUAACUCAGUAGUGCUAUAUGACCCUGUGGUAGGGUGCAUGCUGCAGGAGGUGCCCUGCACAGACAGGUGCACCCUCUCCUCAGCCUGUCUGAUCGGAGACACCUGGAAGGAGCUGACCAUAGUGGCAGGUGCUGUUUCCAAUCAGCUCCUUGUCUGGUACCCAGCAGCUGCCUUAAUAGAUAAUAAGCCUGUGGCCCCUGACCGACGGGUCAGUGGGCAUGUGGGUGUCAUCUUCAGCAUGUCGUACCUGGAAAGCAAAGGCUUGUUGGCCACAGCUUCAGAAGACCGAAGUGUCCGCAUCUGGAAGGUGGGUGACCUGCGGGUGCCUGGGGGUCGGGUACAGAAUAUUGGGCACUGCUUUGGGCACAGUGCCCGUGUGUGGCAGGUCAAGCUACUAGAGAAUUACCUUAUCAGUGCUGGAGAGGACUGUGUCUGCUUGGUAUGGAGCCACGAAGGUGAGAUCCUUCAGGCCUUUCGGGGCCACCAGGGUCGUGGCAUCAGGGCUUUAGCUGCCCAUGAGAGGCAGGCCUGGGUGGUUACUGGGGGUGAUGACUCAGGCAUCCGGCUGUGGCACUUGGUAGGGCGUGGGUACCCAGGUUCGGGGGUCUCAGCUCUCUGCUUCAAGUCCCGUAGCAGGCCAGGUACCCUCAAGGCUGUGACGCUGGCUGGCUCAUGGCGACUACUGGCAGUGACUGACACAGGGGUCCUGUACCUCUAUGACUUUGAGGUCAAGUGCUGGGAGCAGCUGCUGGAGGAUAAACGCUUCCAGUCCUACUGCCUCCUGGAGGCAGCCCCUGGUCCUGAGGGCUUUGGACUGUGUGCCAUGGCCAAUGGGGAGGGUCGUGUCAAGGUUGUCCCCAUCAACACUCCAACAGCAGCUGUGGACCUGACCCUAUUCCGUGGGAAGGUGCAUAGUCUGAGCUGGGCCUUGCGUGGCUAUGAGGAGCUCCUGUUGCUGGCAUCGGGCCCUGGUGGUGUAGUGGCUUGCCUGGAAAUCUCAGCCGCACCCUCUGGCAAAGCCAUCUUUGUAAAGGAACGUUGCCGGUACCUACUGCCUCCAAGCAAGCAGAGAUGGCACACAUGCAGUGCCUUCUUACCCCCUGGUGACUUCCUGGUGUGCGGGGACCGUCGGGGCUCUGUGUUGCUGUUCCCCUCCAGACCAGCUCUGCUCAAGGAUCUUGGGAUUGGGGGCAAGGCCGGAGCUGUCACUGGAGCACUUGAAGCAGGUAGUGGCAGUGGUGGGGAUGAAACUGAGUGGGGCCCUGUGUCCACCCUCCCUUCUCUGCACGGGAAGCAGGGUGUGACCUCGGUCACCUGCCAUGGUGGCUACGUGUAUACCACAGGGCGUGAUGGCGCCUAUUACCAGCUCUUUGUGCGAGGUGGCCAACUCCAGCCAGUCCUAAGGCAGAAGUCCUGUCGAGGCAUGAACUGGGUGGCUGGGCUCCGUAUGAUGGCUGAUGGGAGUAUGGUCAUCCUGGGUUUCCAUGCCAAUGAGUUUGUGGUGUGGAGUCCCCGAUCCCAUGAAAAGCUGCACAUCGUUAACUGUGGUGGAGGGCACCGCUCCUGGGCCUUCUCUGAUACCGAGGCGGCUAUGGCCUUUGCCUACCUCAAGGAUGGGGAUGUCAUGCUGUACCGGGCUCUGGGUGGCUGUACUAGGCCACACGUGAUCCUCCGGGAGAGCCUGCAUGGCCGUGAGAUCACUUGUGUAAAGCGUGUGGGCACCAUCACUCUGGGACCUGAAUUUGAGAUGCCCAGCUUCAUGCAGCCUGACUACUUGGAGCCCGGCAGCGAGGGGCCUGGCCUGACUGACAUUGUGAUCACAUGCAGCGAGGACACCACUGUCUGUGUCCUGGCGCUCCCCACAGCCACUGGCUCGGCCCAUGCACUUACAGCUGUCUGUAAUCACAUCUCCUCGGUGCGUGCGCUGGCUGUGUGGGGCAUUGGUACCCCAGGUGGCCCUCAGGAUCCUCGGCCAGGCCUGACUGCUCAUGUGGUGUCUGCGGGGGGCCGGGCUGAGAUGCAUUGCUUCAGCAUCAUGGUCACCCCAGACCCCAGCACCCCAAGCCGCCUCGCCUGCCACGUCAUGCACCUUUCGUCCCACCGGCUAGAUGAGUACUGGGACCGGCAGCGCAAUCGGCACCGGAUGAUCAAGGUGGAUCCAGAGACCAGGUAUAUGUCCCUAGCUAUCUGUGAGCUCGACAGGCCUGGCCUUGGCCCCCUUGUGGCUGCAGCCUGCAGUGAUGGAGCAGUGAGGCUCUUUCUUUUGCAGGACUCUGGGCGGCGGUUGCAGCUCCUGGCUGAAACCUUCCACCACAAGCGGUGUGUCCUUAAGGUCCAUUCCUUUACACAUGAGGCACCCAACCAGCGGCGGAGGCUGUUCCUGUGCAGUGCAGCUACUGAUGGCAGCUUGGCCUUCUGGGAUCUCACUACUGUGCUAGACCAUGGUUCCACUGCCCUGGAGCCUCCAGCGGACCCCGGGCUUCCCUACCGACUGGGCACCCCCUGCCUGACCCUCCAGGCUCAUAGCUGUGGUGUCAACAGCCUGCACACCUUGCCCACACGUGAGGGCCACCUUGUGGCCAGUGGCAGUGAGGAUGGCUCCCUCCAUGUCUUUGUGCUGGCUGUGGAGGCACCAGAGCUGGAAGAGGCCACUGGGGGUGCUGAGCUGGUGCCCCAGUUGCAUGUGCUAGAGGAAUACUCUGUCCCCUGUGCACAUGCUGCCCAUGUGACAGGCCUCAAGAUCCUAAGCCCAAGCCUUAUGGUCUCAGCCUCCAUCGACCAACGGCUGACCUUCUGGCGUCUGGGGCAUGGUGAGCCCACCUUCAUGAACAGUACCGUGUACCAUGUCCCAGAUGUGGCUGACAUGGACUGCUGGCCUGUGAGCCCUGAGUUUGGCCACCGCUGUGCUCUUGGGGGCCAGGGGCUUGAGGUUUACAACUGGUAUGAUUGAAGUGUCCCGCGGUGGCCGGCAUGCUGGGUAUGGGGCCUGCUCGCAGACGGGAGUGGAACAGGAGUGACUGUCUGUGCCCAUGCCCAGUGUGCCUUGAGGGGAGGAGGCGGCAGCCGCGGGUUCCUGACGUCAGAGCAGGAGCUGGAGGUGAUGACUCUGUAAACAUUCCUAGAUAUUGGGGUCUCUGUGGCCUUAGAUAUGGUCCAGCGGAGGGAGGCCCAGCGUGGCUAGGCCGGUGUGAAGCACUUCACGCACGGCCCGCAGAAGCUGGAGACGGGCAAACAUUUGACCAAACAGGUGUGGUCGAGGCGCCUGUUGGAGAGAAAGGGCCUGCUGGUCUCGUCCUUUGCUUCCCUUGCACCCCCGCAACCCCCCACCCCGUUUUGCUGUGCACUUACUCCUAGGAUGUGUAUGCGGUUAUAGUAGGAGCUGAAAUCCAUGCUGAGCUGUACCAGGAACUUGCACAUCUAGAGACAGAGACUGAGUCACUGGCUGGUCUCUGAUCUUGUGCCCAACCCAGAAUAAAGCAUUGAGUGUGCAGUGUCU